CAGUUUCAUUCAAAGUUCUGUUGCGCAUAACACAACAGUUUGCUCUUGGAUCUUGAAGAGCCCAUCGAUGGAUAACAGCUAUGUAUCGUUGAUAUCAACCAAUACGCAGCAUGUCAAAGUCAGUUCCACGCUGGAAAAAUCCACGGGGAAGAAACACUUGACGGACAAUAACCCAGAGACGUGCUGGACAUCGCGACAGGGUCCUGGGCAGUAUAUCCAUCUAAUAUUCGAAAAACCAGCAAUACCCAAGCGUAUCACAAUCAUUUUCCAGGGCGGAUUUGUCGGAACCAAAUGUAGAGUCGAGGUCUCAGAGUCAUCUGAUGAUAGGCCCGAAUGGCAGACAUGGACAUAUAUCCACCCAGAGGAUGCAAACCGGCGUCAAACUUUCGACUUGAUAACCCAUAGUGACGGAUUGCCAGGGAAGGGAAUUCAGAGCAUGAAACUCGUUUUCGAGGAAAGUUCUGAUUUUUACGGUAGAAUCACAAUCUACGAGUUGAAGAUUGAUGGUCUUCUGCUUUGAAAUCACGAAGAGCUGCUUGACCAUAAAUAUUCCAUCCUCAAGUUUGAGACAGGGGUUUUCCUGUUGGGCGUGUCGUAAGUCGCAUUCCAGUUCACUCGGACCCAUUUUCUGGCACAACGAACCCAACAGCUGUGACUGAAGCUCAUAUAAUACAUCGCAACUGCUGAUCAUGACCUGGUAUACAUUAGAAGUAUAUAAUUGAUCGAUUACUCCUCCAAGUCUAAUAGUGCCCCAAUCGGACUGUGAAUGGGGUGAAGUUUCGUCACCUCUUUCAAAAACACCGCAGUUCUCCAAACGUACACAAGGUCUGAAUGAAUGUGUGAGACCAUGCUGCAAGGGAGCCUA